GUCAUUUAAAUGGCGGAUAUUUUAAUGGAUCUUAGGAAAACUUACGAAUACAUGAUUACUAUAUAUUUUUUUUUCUUUCACAUCUCUGUAUUUAGUUGAUUUCUGCUCAAUCUAAGGAAGACGGUUUCCGACGAAAUGUACGGUAUGGUACGGGUAUUGACAACUACCGAUUGUUUACUGCGGAAGCAAGUACUUUCACUUCACAAUUUUAUGUUUUUGAAGUUUUUGUUAAAAAAAUGACAACAGAAGUCGAAUGGAGAAGGAGAUGGAAACCAGAUUUAGAGGCGUUCCCUUGGCAACCAAUCAGAGUUGAUGGUAGCACAUACCUUUUGAAGUAUAUGUUUACAACAGACAGUUACAAAGUGUUACUGACCGAUUUGGCAAAUUUUUGGCAUGAGGAGUUAGCAGACCAGGCGUUGCAAAAGAGAAUCAAGAAAUUGAACCCAGGGAUUGAAGCACCUGUUACAAGGAUUUUAGACCAGAUUAAAGGUGUUCUUGACAAAACACAAGAUGAUCCUAACACUUCAAUUAAGUUGUCAUUCAAGCGUGAAGCAGACAGUGAAGAGAGGAAGGUGAUGCUUGUUCUUCAUUCAGAGCUGGCAGGAAUGCCCUUUAUAUGGAAUUUCCAGUGUAGACCUGCUGACAAAUCUAUGGGUUCAGAACAUUUGAUACUACCUCUAAUGGCGAUGGUGGGUGAACUGACGCGCCGACAACAAGAACUCUUCAAGAUUAUCCAGGGCAAAGAUAAACAGAUUGAAGACUAUAAGUCACAAGGGGCAAAGUGUACUAGAAAGCAUAUUGAGACACCAGCAUUUGUGGAGACUGCUUUUGAAAUGAAUAUGAUGACAUCAAAGGCAUUUGAGCAGCAGAUUAAGGGUAUAGAACUUAAGACAUUUGAUGUAAAGACUCAGGACCUUUACAGACAGAUCAUGAGCAAAAGAGCUUGGGUGAACAGAUCUCCAACUAAAGCUACAUCAGAAGAUGAAAGCUUGCUAGAUGAUAUGAGCAGUGCAGAUGAUAGUCGAAGGACGUCCACUGGUCAGUCUUGGGGCAACUCUCGUCUUCCACCAUCUCUUCAACAGUCCAAAUCACCAACAAAAUCACCAGCAAAAUCACCAAACAAAACACCAAGUCCAUCCAAAUCAUCAAAUAACUCCACACCAGAGACAUCACCUGUAAAGGACACAGAGCUUUUACGUCGCCAGGCAUUGGAAAGGAAACUAGAAUUAGAAGAAAGCAAAAAGAUGGAAAAAGCAAAGAAAAAGAAGAAAAUUGCAUUUUAAUAAACAGCUUAAAACGACUUUAUUAACUUUUUAGAAUAUGCAGCAGUUUCUCUAUAAAUUCUUUAAAUUUAGUGAUGAAAUGGCAGUAUGCUAAUGAAAUAUUUGAUAUUUAUAUUGUGCUAAAUAUAGACAGAUAGAUCUUU